AUAGUUUAUUUUAUCUUUUUUAGAUUUUUAACAUAAAAUUAGAAGAGCUCUAAAAUUAUCUUAGCAUGAGCAAAGUUUUCUGCGUUCGAGAUUCGAGUGCUUCCAGACGGACCAAGGCUAUCAACACACCCCGAUAUGACGUCAGAAGUUCUGACGUGUACGAUGACGUCAUCAGUCACGGACAUGGCGUCUCUAAAAACAACAAUAACUAUCCGAAAUGGGAUCAGAUGUCUAUGGACAGCGGGUUCUGUUCGGACCUUGAACGCAAGGUAGCGCAAUUGAGUUUGGCAGGGUCUGAUGUGGGGAGUGUCGAUGAGGUUGAUGACGUCAGAGCACCAUCUAGAGCAAAACUUACAGAAGAAGAAAAAAGAUUGAAAAAUAAGAUAAGGACAUUACCCGUGUCUGGACGAUCGACGAGAUGGCAUCGUUGCGAUGACAACGUAAGUGACGUCAGCGAUGACGACGAUGACAUUACUUUUGAUCAAAUGAAAAAUACACUAACUCGACAUUCUGAAAGAAAAAGCAAAACAUUACCGUUAAAAUACGACAAGAGAAGUGACGUCAUCACUUGGAAUGACAUCACACUCGCUGACUUGAGACAAGUUGAUGUUCUCGGAGGGGGUGGAUACGCUCGAGUAGAUUUGGUCGAAAUUAAAAGACUCUCCGGCCACAAAUUCGCUCUCAAGAAACUCAACAAACGCUUCCUGCAGGACAGAGAUCAGGUUAAUCACGUGAUCUCGGAGAAAGACGCACUGAAGCGUGCAAGAUGCAGAUUCAUUCCUCGACUAUUUCGGACUUUCCAAACUCCAAGUCACGUGUUCAUGCUCACUGAAGCGUGUUUAGGAGGCGAUCUGUUUUCAGUUUUGGAAAACCAUGGUGCUCUCCACUAUGAAGCAACACGUUACGUCAUCGGUUGCGUCAUAGAAGCAUUGGAUCAUCUUCAUAUGACGUUGAAUAUUAUACACCGUGACGUCAAAACAGAGAACAUUUUGAUCGAUGCUAAUGGCGUCGCAAAACUAGCCGAUCUAGGAUUCUGCAAGCAACUACCUCGAAAUUGUGAUAUCACAUACACGUUCUGUGGCACUCCAGGAUAUGUCGCACCUGAAGUUUUACUUCGAACUGGACAUGGCCGAACAUGCGAUUUCUUUUCAACUGGCGUUGUCUUAUUUGAGACUUCGACCUGUCGUUCUCCGUUUCGGAGACAUUCGAACUUGGAAACCCACCGAGCGACUCUCAGGGGAAUAAAAGAUGUGGCUUUUCCGCCCUUUUUAAACCACCUGACUAUUCAAAUGAUUCGAACUCUUUGCUGUAGCGAUCCAGAUGGAAGACUCGGAGCAGCCGGAUGCGAAGAGAUUCGUCGCCACGAGUUCUUCAAUGGAUUUGAUUGGCACCGAUUACGUCAUGGCAAAAUGACGUCAUCAAUCCUAAACCUUACGUCACGAAAACAAGCUUCAUCAUUCAUAAAAGACGAUUACACUGAGAACUCCACUGAGAUUAAGAAAACUCCUUUUGACAAAACUUGGAAUGACAAUUUUUAACGUUAUCCUACUUUUUUUGUUUUUAUUUAUUAUAUGAUAUUUCUAUACGUGUCGACAACUGCUAAGUGCUGCCAGCCAUGCUUGGCAGAAAUGACUGCGUGAAGCAAAGCU